GUUGAACAGUCGUUGGAUGGAUCAUUUAAUUCAAUGAUGUUGGCACUUCGCCCUUCACGCUACAGUUGUGGGUGAUGUGUACGUGUGGGAGGGUCGGCUACCUCCCAGCGUUUCUCAUGAGCAAGACGAGAAGUCUACUCCUUCCCGUCUCCCGUGUUGCACAACCUCACCGCUGCUUGGACCUCCGAGUGACGACAAGAGUAGAAUGAGAGUCCGCGAGCGAGGCAAGAGGAAACACUUGGACCGCCAGCACCACCGCCACUCUGCAGAACCCUGCCGACGCACCACGGCUCCGUGCCGCCUCCUCCUCCGUCGCUGAUCGGCCGGGGAGAGGGGAGACGAGGAGAGACGGCAAAGUGGAGCCCAGAAGGAGAAGGCGGAGGGGGGGGGCGGCGGUCGAGGAAGACGCCAGGGGUUCUUCGCACAAGAUGGCUGCUGUGCCGUCCGAGUCCGGGGACACCGGAGGCCGCCACCCCCCCGAACGACGGCUGCUGCUGCUGGGGGGCCGGCGCGCCGGAAAGACCUCCUGCGCCAACAGCGUCCUGGGGGAUCAGGUGUUCCAGGCCGGCACCGAGACCACCCACAGCAACGUUGGCCAGACGGAGAUCUAUGGCCGCCGCGUCACGGUGGUGGACACUCCUCCCUGGGGGGUCCCGGGCCACGUGGCGGACGCCGGCGGCGGCGGUGACGACGACGACGACGACGACGACAGCGAGAGCGCCACCGAUGGCGACUCGGGGGGCGGGCGCCAUCCGAGGACGGCGCCCGCCAGCCUGGACAGCGAGGACCCGUGCAUGGGGGCCGUUCUGUGCCCCCCUGGACCCCACGUGAUCCUGCUGGUGGUGUCGGUCUCGCAGCCCUUCAAGGAGACCCAGCGAAGGGCCGCCGAGGACCAGCUCGGGGCCCUGGGCGGAGGGACCUGGAGGUAUUCCAUGGUGCUGUUCACUGGGGUGGAUAAGCUGCCCAAGGGGACCUUCGUGGAGGAGCACAUCGCCAACACGGGGGAGGCUUUGCAGUGGCUGGUGGAGAGGUGCGGGAGCAGGUACCAUGCCUUUGACAACAGCAAGAAGGACGGAGACGAGAACACGCAGGUGCCUGAGCUGAUGGAGAAGGUGGAGGAGAUGAUCACUGACAAUCAAGGCUGGUACUUUGAGGUGAACGAGCUGAUUCUGCUAGAGGAGGAGCAGGCCAGGAGAGCCCUGGAGGAGGAGAGGAUGAGGAUGGAAGAACACGCCAGACAGAGAGACCAGAUGAUAGGGGGACCGCCCCGAGAGCUGCGACUUCUGCUGCUAGGGUGGAAGGGCGUGGGCAAGAGCUCGGUGGGGAACACCAUCCUAGGCCGCCGGGACUUCGAGGUGGGUCAGGAGACGGAGAUGUGCCUGCGUAGGCAAGCACUGGUCUCGGGCCGCCGGGUCACCGUGGUGGACACCCCCGGCUGGGACUGGUUUUCCGUCCGGCGCACGCCCAAGCGCAUCCGCCAGGAGUCCCAGCGGGGCGCGGCCCUGCUGCGCCCGGGUCCCCACACCCUGCUGCUGGUGCUGCCCGUCGUCUCGUCCCUCACCACCCGCAAGCGCCGCACGUUGCUGGCGCACAUCGAGGCGCUGUUCGGCGAGCGGGCGUCCCUGCACACCAUGGUGCUGUUUAGCUGCGGGGACUGGCUGGGACGCACGCCCAUCGAGGACCACAUCCAGCGGGGCGGGCGGGAGCUGCACCGCCUGCUGGAGUACUGCGGCAACUACUACCACGUGCUGGACAGCAAGACCCCCGGCAAGGACAGCCGCAGCGUGUCGGACCUGCUGGACAAGAUCGAGGAGAUGGUGCGGGAGAACGGCGAUGAGGCCUUCCUCCCUGUGCAAAGCGAGUGGCUGAGCGAGGACAGUUCACAAUCGUCAGACAACACAGAGCCCGAAGAUGACUGUCGAGGGUGUCAGCUUCAGUGACGGCGUCCUUCGUAGCAAGAGUGGACUCCUGCUUUUUCAAACCCAGCUCUUAGCCUUCUACCAGGCCUAAACAUAACCUCAUUUAUACGUAAGUAGACAAGAAAAUAACCUCAUCCAGUUGACCACGCCUCUUUUUCCAUGCCCAAAGGCUUCAAUCAAGAAGCGGACUCAAACACAACUCAAAGGGCCGUUUGACAGGAGACGAAGCAAUCGCAGAUGACCUACACCCUGGCUUGGUCUCAUCCUCUGUAGCGCGUCACUGUGAUGAGAAACCUCAUCCGAGACUGAAAAAUGUUUACUAACAAGCCGUGCAAACUUUCAUAAAUAACAAGGUCUAAGGGGGUUGUGGUACGAGGUGCCGGAGCACGAUGGCGAAGAUACAGGUGGAAUGGGGUGCCCUGCCCCAUAUCAACUCUGAGCUAGAGGAGUGCAGCAGAGUGAAAACAUCUGUACACCCAGGGUGUACAGUUGACAUGCAGAAAAGGCUUCUGAGCGUUCUCUUUCACUUUCGCUUUCACUUUCGCUUUCACUUUCGUUUCACUUUCGCUUUUGCUUUAAGUAGAAGACGUGAAGGAAAGUAAUCAUGCUGAAAGAAAGUAAAAGUUUGAAGUAUUGCUGGUACCCAGAGAAGAUCCUGUGGAGUUGGGGUCACUGCGUCAUAUUUAAAUAAUGUAGCUAUUUAAUGCUGUUUCCUGUUCUUUUAGUUUUGGGGGUUUUCAAUUGUAGGCAAGGAGGGAGAGUGACUGUAUAUUAACUCAGAAAUAUUUAACUAGCUAAGCAUAACCAUGAAGCAAAAAUUAUAUUUUUAUGUUACAGUAGAGAUAAUUAACAGUUUGCCUUUUGGGGAAAAUAUUUCUGACACCUACAAAAUCGCUGAUUAGCACAAACUGCAGGUGUGAGCCAGAAGUUAACCAAAAUGACAGUUGCUUUGAGACUUUGCUUAAGUUAGCAUGAUCCGCAGGAUAGAUGCAGCGUUUGCACAUUCUGAGCCAAACUCCCCACCUCCACGUCUCAUUAGUCUAUAGCAACACUACACUGCUAUCACCUGCCAAUCCGCCAUCCUCCCCCACGAAUUAAAGACACAUCCUGUUUACGGCGCUGUCUCAUGCCGUGUGACCCUCUAGAGAUAACCUCAUUCAGUCUCAGCAGGCGAACACAGCCUCACCCUACAACGCCAUGCCCGCUUCUGACCCACAAGAGUGGUUUUCUUUGAAUAAAGAAAUAAACAUACAUACAAACAUAUAUAUAUAUAUAUAUAUAUAUAUAUAUAUAUAUAUAUAUGUAUAUAUGUAUGUAUGUAUAUGUACGACAAAAAUAAUUUCCCUGAAGCAUGCUGAGAUGAUACGCAUGCAAUCCAAGAUACACGACACAGUGCCUACGCAGUUGUUGGCCAGCUCACGGGGUGAAUCUUGCAGCUGCAAGCCACGUCAACUUUUUUUACAGUGACGCCAUUUUCCUCACCUUUUAUAACUCUAUUGCUACGGGAGAAGAAAAAGAAGAAGAGGAAGCAGAAUAACAAGGAGAAAAAAACUCAAACACUUGAGCCCAGUACUGUUGAGAUCAAUGGUAUGAAUAACAAACAAAAAAAAUGACCUAAAUAAUAAAGUGUGACCGAUAGCACUGCCAUGCAUUUAAUAAGAAGAGCAAAGCCAACAAUUCUCAUUCAGGAACCGUACAGCUCAAAGGGAAAAAAUCCCUGAGCUAGCUUUCGUUCCAAAUGCUAUUUAACUCUGUGCCCCAUCUCAUCAUGGUAGGCUGACGCAGCACUUAGUGUAAAAAAACAGCAUGAAUUUCCACGUGGAACGGUUCCUAAAUGUUACUUUUGGGGUCUUGAGUCCACUACCUUAAUAAUGUUCCGCUCCACCUGUGAAUACAUUCUAGAAGCUGUGUAUAUUUACAUUGUAGAAGAUGUAACGUGGUAAAUAAAUAUAUAUAUAUAUAUAUAUAUAUAUAUAUAUAUAUAUAUAUAUGUGUGUAUAUGUAUGUGUAUGCAUAUAUAGAGAGAUAUAAUUAUGAAAAGAACAACAUUUUGCACUGUGUUACACUAUUGAUUGUAGCUAAGGUUGAGUUAACUUACUGUGUGGGUGUGUGUGUGUUGUCCUUAAAAAAUGUGAUUUCAUAAUUGCUUAUACAAUUGUUGGAUCCUUGGACAGCUACAAUAAAUAUAUAGAUAUAUUGUUGUCUAUUUUGUGGUGCUUUGGCUGUAUUUAUUAUCAUGGCAGUUUCAGAUUGCUUUCAUAAUUCUGAUUGAAUAUGUUGAGACCAGAAAGGCCAAAUCAACAAAAUUAAAGCAAGUAGAUGCAUCAAUAAUACAGAGUUG